UCUUCUCACCCUGUCCCCCGUCUGCAGGUGAACUUUGUGGUGUGUCAGCUCUGUGCUCUGCUGUCAGCCUUCUGGUUUCGUCUCUUCCUCCAUCCCAGUAAAACCAGUCCUUUCAUCAGACAUGUAGUGGCGACAGUGCUGGGGCUCUACUUUGCUCUGUUCUGCUUUGGCUGGUACGCUCUUCACUUCCUGUUUCAGAGCGGACUCACCUAUGGCAUCAUGAUUCUGACUGGAGUCGAGCACAUGCACAAGUACUGUCUGCUGGUGGCGCUCAGCUAUCUGAGUCUGUGUCAGAUCACUCGAGUCUACGUCUUCGACUACGGCAUGUACUCUGCUGACUUCACUGGACCCAUGAUGGUGAUAACCCAAAAAAUCACCAGCCUGGCGUUUGAAAUCCAUGAUGGAAUGGCACGAAAGGAGGAACAUCUGACUCCAGGACAGAAGAUUCUGGCCAUAAGGAGGAUGCCCAGCCUCCUGGAGUACUUCAGUUACAACUGUAACUUCAUGGGGAUCCUGGCUGGACCCACCUGCUCCUACAAUGACUACAUCGCCUUCAUCGAGGGAGACCCUCUCCGCCACAGAAACCAGGAGGUCGACAGGAAGUCCAGCAGCCAGAUGAAGCAGAGCGAGCCCUCGCCAAACAUGGAGGUCGUCCGUAAAGUCGCCACCUCCUUCUUCUGCCUCCUGGUCUUUCUGUCGGUGUGUAAAGUUUUCCCCGUGGAACGAAACAUCGACGAUGACUUUAUUGCCAGCACGCCAUUCUACGCCCAGGUGGUCUACCUCUACCUGUCCAUGCUGACCACCAGACCAAAGUACUACUUUGUCUGGACGCUCGCUGACGCCAUCAAUAACGCCGCCGUCAACGGCUACGACAGUGAAGGCUCUCCUCGCUGGGACCUCAUCUCUAACCUGAGGAUCCUCAACAUCGAGUUUGCCACCAGCUUCAAAGUUUUCCUGGACAACUGGAACAUUCAGACAGUACACUGGCUCAAACGGGUGUGUUACGAACGAUGUCCCUACCACCCGACAGCAGCCACCUUCAUCCUGUCAGCCAUGUGGCAUGGAGCAUAUCCAGGCUACUAUCUCACCUUCCUCACUGGCAUCGUCGUCACACUGGCUGCUAGAGCGGUGAGACACAAUGUUCGGCCAUACUUCCUGCAGUCACCCUCCCACAAACUGGUUUAUGACGUCAUCACGUGGGCAGCCACUCAGAUCGCCAUCUGCUACACUGUGGUGCCGUUUGUCCUGCUCUCCAUCGGUCCAUCGAUUAAGUUUUACAGGUCCUGGUACUUCAGCCUCCAUAUUGGCUGUGUUUUGCUGGCUGUGGUGCUGCCGGUCAAACCGAGACAUCUCCGCCUCAAAGAGCAGCAGAAAAACCUCCUCCAGGAGCCCGUCCGGCGCCACCUGGAGGCUACUGACAGCAGCUGCAGCCAGAAGGAAAAAACCACAUGAGACAAAGAACAACUGUGGGCAACAUUAUAUUUCCAUUUGCUUGUAUAGAAAGACAAGGAGGUGAACCAUAUUGAACAGACCUUUCUCCCACAAGAUGGCGGAUAUGAAAGCAGGCCCUGCAUUUUGAAGGCCUGUGUGGUGCUUGACGGCAGCCAGUAUGGCUUUUGGACUCCAUAAACCAACAGAAGUGGAUGUUUUUUGGGGUCAGGUGGCAGGUUCAGACCAGUCUGCAAAGAUGGAGGUUAUAAAUAUAAAUACAUAUACAUACUCUAACUGUGUAUGGAGCAAUACAAACUGCUCUGAACUGUCACCUGUGUAGUGUUAAACCAACUCACUUUUCUUUUUGAUCAGAAACCUGAGAGUACCUGGAGGGAUGAAUAAGGAAACAGAUGACAGUUGUGUGAAUAAAGAGUCAGGUGAAUCAGUGAAUAAGCAGGACAGCGAAUUAGCGCAUUAAACAAGCAAAGAAUGAUCAAAGAAGCAGAAGAAAAUGAUCUUUUCUCUGCCACAUUCCUCUGAUUUCCCAGACUGGAAUCUCAUCAUGUUAUAAUCUAUUAAACCAUAACAUCAGUGUUCAUACAAAUGAGUUCUGGGGAAAGUGCCAAUGAUUAAUCCACUCACUCGCCUUAGUUUUUUUUGUUUUAUACAAAAUUUUAAAAAAGCUCUUUACUCUUUCUUGAUGAAGAGGGCAUCAUGUUUACAUUUGUAGAUGUCAUCUUUUCUUAAGUAAUUUAUGUAAUCUGUACCACUUUCUGAGAAGACACCAAUUAGAAAGGAAUCAGCAAUUAAUUCAUUAAUGGUUAAUUAAUAAUUUACAAUGGCUUUAUGGAGCAACAAAGGUUGGGUAGCCAGAUUGUGGAAAAUCUCCAAUAGACUAUUUGCCCUUGUAUGUUCUAGAAAAGAGGAGCAGGACAUCUGGACCAAAAUCCAUUAGAAACUGUUUAUUAACAUUUACAGCUGCAGGUUUGAAGGACUAUGGAACAAUGUCGUAUUAAUGAUUUACUAAACUUUUAAUGGCAGGUAAUUAUCUUUUACUAAUGGCUCAGUAGAAACUGAUAAAACGAGUGUUUUAUUAAUGUGAAACUAACAUUCUAACUACAGACCUGAUGACUUAGUUAAGAAGUGUGAAACCCUGAGUGCUGAUUAAUGGUUUACCAACAUUUAUAGCUGUUCCCGAACAGAAACAGUUAUUUCCAAAACAUUUGAACAGGACAUAUUGAUGCAACGCAAAGGAAACUUCUUCACUUUAAAGUGUCAUAAAAACAACUCUGACUAGCAACAUUUGGUUUUGCACAUAGCUCAUUAGCUAGUCAGCUAAACUCAUAUGCAUUUAUAAAUGAUUACAACAUAAUAAGUCUGCACUAGUAAAAGGAUUUUGGUCCAGAUGUCCUGCAGCUGUUUUCAGAAGGAAAGUGGACAAACAGUCUAUUGGUAAAAAGACAAGCAAAACUAACAAUUCUAACAGCUUAAAACUUAUUUAUUAAUCAAUAAUAAAUGAUUACUAAUUAAUAAACCUAAACUCGAUACUCCCUUUAUAAAUGUUGCCUUAUCAGAAAGUGAUAGCUUGUGUUUCAAAACAGUAAGAUGUACAAAGAUGUGGUGUAAGAUGUACAAAGACUGAAGAAUGAAAAAAAGCUUCACAAAAUUUUAAGAAAUUAGCUUAAACUCAAAUUCCAUAAGCUGAACUGAAAUGCUGGGAAAAAUAUCUCUCCAAUAUGAACCCAACAUUUUCACGUUUGUUUAAUGAGGGGGAUCAAUAGUUUGGUUUAGCUAAUAAUUAACUUUAGAAGCUACAAAUGUUGGUACUGCUUAGCUAACAAUUUCCAAUAACAGCUAAAAUAAUUUGGUUUGUGUUAGUGAAGUUAGCAGCUAAGAGUGGUUCAGGUCAAAUCAAAUCUAAAUGUAAGAGUUAUGUAGUUCAGCUAAGGGUUGUUUUUGAAUUCACAGGUUAGCUGAUGGUUUCAGUUAGUAUCAAGAUAAGUUUGGUUGAAUAGUCAGCGCCUCUGUGUAGCUGCCAAGACUGGCUCACGUUAGCGAAAGGCUCACUGUAGGAGCUUAAAACGAAAAGUUUAGGUUAGCUAAUGGUUUAUUUUAUAAACUAAAACUGUUUUGUUUAGGUUAGCUAAUGGUUCAAUUUAACUAAAAAUGUUUUGGGUUAGCUAACAACUCAGUUUAGAAGGUAGCUAAUGAUUACAACAACAGCUGACAGGACAUGUAGAACCAGGUUGGUUCAGUUUGGCUGGUUAAUAAAUGGUUGGUUUUAUCAUGUUAUUUUCAAAUUAGUAAGAUGUUUUGGAUUCAUAUGUGGAAAAAAAAUUGUUCCUACUCCAGUAAUAUUUUAAAACUGCCACAUUAGUAUCCCUGUGUACACUCAGUAAAUGUGUUACUGUCUUUUCCUAUAACUUUCCAUGAUUCUCUGUGCCCGUGUUUUCUUGAUAACCUUGGUGUUUCCCAUAAAGUUAAGAGUAAUUAGUUAGGAGAGGGGAAAAAAGAUAAUACUAUUUGAAUUUAGCAUUAUUUUUAAAUCAGAAGAGCACAUUUCUAUAUUUCCUGUAUGUUUUUCCUGGUUCCACAUUUGUAUUUUUGGUGUAGUUUAUUUCAUAAAAUUUAAUGAGACUUGAUUGAGGAUUGCUGAUAAAUAUAAAGGCUAUGUUAACUGUUUGAGGUGAUACCCAACAUGUUCUCACACCCAGCCAGCCAUCUGUAGGUUUGAUAUGGACUUGUUUUGUUUUUGUAAAUUAUGCGAUUAAACUUUGGACUUUUUGAGACCUGA